AUGCCCGAGUCAGAAACUUCUCCCUUUCUGGACCCAGACGAGUCGUUCCAUUCAUCCAACGAUAACUCCCAAAAUGCUGCAACGACUCCAUCCAGAAAAGGAUCACUAAGAUUCGAACUUCCGGCUAACCAACAGACGCAUACACCGCCAUCUUCCUCGGCAUCUUCUCUGAAUCAUAACCAUAGUCAUAACCAUAAGAUAACGUCUCCGUUUUUGGAUCAGAACAAUAUCAUCAAAGAAGAUGAGGUGUUUCUGCAGCCACUUUCUCCAUUUGCCCAAGAAUCGUUCAACUUGUCUUCCACAUACAAAUCUGACGAAUCAGACGUAGUAUACGAUGUAGAUAUCACAGGCAGCGAAAAUGGCGUAGACAGAAAGGAAACAGUCAUGAAGAGAAACAGAUGGGGUACAACAAGAAAUAAGCACGGUAGACCCAAUAAGGAGCACGUGAGUAGAUCUAGAACCCUCAAGGGGUUAUUGGGAAGCAGAACCAACAGCGUAAGACAUAGAUCAGACUCCAUAAGGAAACCCAACACUAAUGACGAGGAUCCUGAGGGAGAUCUGUUCCAUGAUGUAGACGAGGAUGCUUCAGUGACUGCUUCAAACGAUCCAUUUGAUCCCAAAGAUCGUAAAGAUGAGAAGAGAUCUGUAGUAUUCAACAGAAUCUUACCAGAAGAGUUUUUGGAUCCGGAAUCGGGAAAACCGGAUACUGAUUAUCCUCGUAAUAAAAUUAGAACAACAAAGUAUACGCCGUUGAGUUUCCUUCCCAAAAACAUCACUCAUCAAUUCAUUCAUAACAUCGCCAACAUCUACUUUUUGACUUUGAUCAUUUUGGGAGCAUUUCAAAUCUUUGGGGUGCCCUCGCCAAUUCUCGCGGCUGUCCCUUUGAUUGUCAUUGUGUGUAUCACCGCUUUCAAGGAUGCCAUAGAAGACUCCCGAAGAACAGUAACGGACUUGGAAGUCAACAACCAAAUCACUCAUAUCUUAUCGCAGAAUGAAGAUAGUCAGUCUGGCUACGUUUACAAGAACAACAACGUGAACGAUGAGAAGGUCUCGUUAUGGAGACGAUUCAAGAAGAUGAACACACGUCUUGUGAUUCGUUUCUGGGGUGCUUCGAAACGUAAUUUAACCAAGGAAGGAAGAGCAAAUAAGGAACGUCAAAAGCGUAACCUAGAGCUUAACCGUAUAACCUCUAAUGCGCGUAAAUCAUUUGAUAGUGACAUUAUAGAACCAAGUCCCCGCAACUCGCUCAAUCCUACUGCCAGUGAAAAUCCCUUUUCCGACCAGUUAAGAAAGUCGUUCCAACAGCAAAGAAGAGAAGAACACCAGAGCAAAGAAAAGACUCUCAAGUUUGCCAAAAAGUACUGGAAGGACGUAAAAGUAGGUGACAUGCUCAGAAUAUACAACAAUGACGAGAUUCCAGCAGAUGUCAUCAUCCUAGCAACAAGCGACGCCGACAACUGCUGUUAUGUUGAAACAAAGAAUUUGGAUGGUGAAACGAAUUUGAAGGUUAGACAGGCAUUGAAGUAUAGCUCUGUAGAGCAAAAGAUUCAGAGGGCCGACGAUUUGAAGUCUCACGAUUUCCAGAUCGACAGUGAGGGUCCACACGCCAACUUGUAUUCAUACCAAGGAAACUUGAAGUAUUACGAUAGCAAUGGCAGCGGCGAAAAAGAAGAGCCUAUCACAAUCAAUAACAUCUUGUUGAGAGGCUGCUCAUUGAGAAACACCAAAUGGGUUAUUGGUAUUGUAGUUUUCACUGGUGAUGACACCAAGAUCAUGAUGAAUGCCGGUGUGACGCCUACUAAGCAGUCAAGAAUGUCCCGUGAGUUGAACUACUAUGUUGUGUUGAACUUUAUAUUGUUGUUUGUUAUCUGUUUUGUUUCUGGAUUAGUCAAUGGGCUCUGGUACAGAACCAGCGGAAACUCGCGAGAUUACUUUGAGUUUGGAACCAUUGCUGGCUCCCCUUUCAAGAACGGUUUGGUAGGGUUCUUUGUAGCUCUUAUUUUGUAUCAAUCGUUGGUUCCCAUUUCACUUUACAUCACUAUCGAAAUAAUCAAGACAGCUCAGGCUUUUUUCAUCUAUUCUGAUUUGGGAAUGUAUUACGAACGUCUUGAUUAUCCAUGCACACCAAAAUCGUGGAGUAUCUCUGAUGAUUUGGGUCAGAUUGAAUAUGUCUUUUCUGACAAGACUGGUACUUUGACGCAGAAUUUGAUGGAGUUCAAAAAAUGUACCAUCAACGGAGUCUCAUAUGGUAAAGCAUACACUGAGGCCUUAGCUGGUUUGAGAAAGAGACAAGGUGUAGAUGUAGAAACCGAAGCUACUGUAGAAAGAGAGUUGAUAGCUAAGGACAAAAUCGAAAUGAUUCAGUCUUUGCGGGACAUUUCUAGCUCUUCAGCCAAAUACGAAGACGAGCUUACAUUCACAUCUUCUGAGUUCGUACAUGAUUUACAGGGCGCAAGUGGAGAUGUGCAGAAGAAAUGUAACGAACAUUUCAUGUUGGCUCUUGCACUUUGUCAUUCUGUGUUGACAGAAGAAGACCCUAAGAAUCCAGGAAAGACACUCUUGAAAGCACAAUCUCCAGACGAAGCAGCCUUGGUUGGAACAGCCAGAUCUGUCGGAUAUAUUUUCAAAGGCGAAACCAAGAAGGGAUUAUUGAUAGAGAUCCAUGGGGAGACCAAGGAGUACCAGGUCUUGAACACAUUAGAAUUCAACUCUACCAGAAAGAGAAUGAGUGCCAUCAUCAAGAUUCCAGCCGAGGACCCAGAUGGAGAACCCAAGGCUUUGUUGUUGUGUAAAGGUGCUGAUUCCAUUAUCUAUGGUAGAUUAUCCAAGAACGGAAACAACAGAACGAUGUUGGACACUACUUCUAAGCAUUUGGAAGAGUACGCUACUGAAGGUUUGAGAACGUUGUGUAUUGCCCAGCGUGAAUUAUCUUGGAAACAAUACACUGAAUGGAGUAAACGUCACAAUGCUGCUGCCUCAUCUUUGGAUGAUAGAGAAGCCAAGAUGGAAGCUGUUGCUGAUUCCAUCGAACGAGAGUUGAUCUUGUUAGGUGGUACGGCUAUUGAAGACAGAUUGCAGGAUGGUGUUCCUGAGUCGAUUUCGAUUUUGGCUCAGGCCGGAAUCAAAUUGUGGGUUUUAACUGGUGACAAAGUUGAAACUGCUAUCAACAUCGGGUUCUCUUGUAACUUGUUAGGGAAUGAGAUGAAGUUGUUGGUCUUGAAAUCGAAAUACAACCGUCAUGAAAUUGCCGAAAACAUGAUAUCCAACUACGAUGCCAUGUCUGAAGACGAGAUUGUAAACUUCAUGAUCUCUCGUUACUUGGACAUGUACUUCCAGAUGUCAGGACUGGAAGAAGAGUUGGAAGCUGCUACCGAAAAUCACUCUCCUCCAGAUGAAGGCUUCGGUGUCGUCAUUGAUGGUGACGCAUUGAAGCUCGCUCUUCUCAAUCCUGACACCAAGAGAAAGUUCUUGUUGUUGUGCAAACAGUGUAAGGCAGUUUUAUGUUGCAGAGUUUCUCCUGCUCAAAAGGCUGCUGUAGUGAAAUUGGUCAAGGAUACAUUGGAUGUCAUGACUUUGGCUAUUGGUGAUGGAUCUAACGAUGUAGCCAUGAUACAGGCCGCCGAUGUUGGUGUUGGUAUAGCAGGUGAAGAAGGUAGACAGGCAGUGAUGUCCUCCGAUUAUGCCAUUGGGCAGUUCAGAUUCUUAGCCAGAUUGUUGUUGUCGCAUGGCAGAUGGUCCUACAAGCGGUUUGCUGAAAUGAUUCCUAGUUUCUUCUACAAGAACUUCAUCUUCAACAUCGCAUUGUUUUGGUAUGGUCUCUACAAUGAUUUCGACGGGUCAUAUCUUUUCGAAUUCACCUACUUGAUGUUCUAUAACUUGGCUUUCACCUCAUUGCCAGUUAUAUUUUUAGGUGUUUUCGACCAGGAUGUAUCUGCUAAAGUCUCGUUGUUGGUUCCCCAAAUCUACCGUACCGGUAUUCUCAGAUCAGAAUGGACUCAAAAGAAGUUUUGGUUCUACAUGGCAGAUGCUAUCUACCAGUCUGUUAUUUCCUACUUCUUCCCCUUCUUGUUGUACCGUAUUUCAUUCCAAGACCUGUCGGGUAAGCCUGUAGAUCACAGAUUUUGGAUGGGUGUGGUUGUAACAUGUAUUUCUUGCAUUUCGUGUAACUUAUACAUCUUGAUGCAUCAAUACAGAUGGGAUUGGCUCUCUACAUUGAUUAUUGCUAUCUCCAUUUUGAUUAUUUUCAUCUGGACCGGCUUAUGGACUGUCUCUACAUAUAGUGGAGAAUUCUACAAAGCAGCUCCACAGGUAUUUGGAGCGGCUUCAUUCUGGGCUUGUAUGUUUAUAGGUGUGUUGUGUUGUUUAUUGCCUCGGUUCUUGUUCGAUUUCAUUCGCAAGAUGUAUUGGCCAAAGGAUAUUGAUGUCAUCAGAGAAUGUGUUCAAAGAGGCGAUUUCGAUGCUUAUCCAUUCAAUUACGAUCCUACAGAUCCUAACAGGAUCAAGAUCAGCAACUACACAAGCGAUACAGUUAAGAGAAUGAGCGUUACAUCUUCAAAAGCCCCAAACCCUGGCAGCCCUUAUAAGAAGGCUACAGCCAAUUCUAGUUCUUCUGGUAGCGAUGUAGACCAUCAGAAAAGAGGAACCUUCCAGAAUGCGGAUGAUGAAGACACGAUGGUCAGCUACAACACUCAUGGAAACAGCGUAAGUCACAACUACAAGAGUAGUUCUACUCAGGCAGAAGCUGGAGGCAGUGGUGCACCUGUACAGCAGAGAAAAUCGAUUAUCGACCUUUUCAAGAGAAAGAACCAAGGAAUUAGUAGCACUUCGUUCUACGACAAUGGCUCAUUGAUAGACAAUUAUAAGAAUGGCAACCAGUCCACAGACGAAUUGUCAAACAUACACACUGAGGAAAUAGCAAUGCAAGACUUCAAUCGAAGUCAGGAGAGAGCAGCGAGAAUUUCAUCAGAGAACCGGAGGCUCUCCAAUCAGUACUCUACCCAUGGAAACUAAACUAUAGAAGAGAGUAUACGCGAGGUAGAGUUGUUGUGUCGGAUUGUUUCAUUUUAUUACUUUUUGUGCAUUAUUUGAAAUCCCAGGUUAGUAAAAUUGGAUUUUGUAUUUUUAAACUCGAGGGUAAAGUUUGUUUGUUAUUCAAUAUAUUUUUAUUAUG